GCCCUGGGGCUAGCGGAGCUGUGUCAGCAGGGCUGCAGCUCGCAGGGGCGGCCGGGCCCACACCCCAGCCUCCCGCUUUAAGGGCAGGCAGCGGGCGGGACUCGCCCGGCCGCUGCCGUGUCAGGCGCUGGGGGCGUAGCGAGCGAGGGGAAGCGGAAGCCUGAGCGCUGAGCCGCUGCCCGCGUCCUGCGCCGCGCUCCCCGCAGCGGGGAAAGCACCCGCCGGGCAGCGCGCAGUUGGAAAGCAGGAGGAGAGCCUCGCCCGCCGGCUUCCCGCCGCCACCAGCACGUGCGUUGCAGGUCGUGGACCACGGUUUAGGAACCUCCAGUUUGAGGAGCCUGUAUCUUAUCCGUGCCGCCCUAAACUUCGUGCUGUUAUUCAAGCUGUUCUCUUCAGUCGUUAAAAGCCCUAACCCUGGAGUGGACUCUGUAAAUUGAUUCUAGAGCUUGAUGGGAUGGGAUUACAGUCCAGAGACUCUUUCUUAUAAUUAUCUUUCAGGAAGUGACUUAGGGCAGCGGAAGUCUAAAGAAAAGUUGAUUGUGGAGGUAGAGAGAACAGUGAUUCAAGAUUUCACUCUGGAUCAGCCAUCUCCAGAAUAAUCCUGAAACUAGGGAGCAGAUGGCAACGCCAUCCCCUCAGUUGCUAAUUGCGGCAGCUCAGCAGAACCUUAAACCAGGGAGGAAAAAGGGUUUAUCUCCAGCUGGCUCCUUGCACCUGGCUGGGGAGAUCUUAGCUGUAGCUUCUGGAUUGAAACCUGCUCUCCUUUACGAUUACAAUUCAGUUGGAAUAGACAAAAUUGAGAACUACCUUCAGCAGAUCCAGGGCAUCGGCCUGACGAGGCAUCGGCUGCACCUUCUAAAUAUAGCAGAUAAUGUUCUGAUACUCAACCUGGAGAAGACAGCACUGUGGCUGGAAAUGCUGUUACUCACAAACAAAGUGCCCUUCAUUGAUGUUUCAGCUUCUAGGAUGUGUCCUGGCUGUUGUGAGCCAGAAUACGUGGAGUCUAUAAAAGGCCACAUUGCUGAAAUACUGGCUCAUGUUAAAACACUGCCAAGUAUCACAUCCCAGGCCGUCACUACCAGUGAGAUCUUCUCUGCCGAUUGGAAUCUAUGCACCAUCUUUGGUGUUCUCCUGGGCUACCCAGCUUCCUAUACUUUCACUGCCGAGCAGGGGUUUGACAACUGUUUGUCUCUGACCCCACUGAGAGUUUUUACUGUCCGGGCCUCUUGCUGUAGGAUAAGUAAAGAUCUCAGAGUCCGAAUUUAUUCCUUUAGUGUCCCAGAGAACCUGUAUCUUGCCAUGAAGGAGGGGCUGGAUGCAUGGAGUGGAAACCUGAAGGACGUAUUUAGUGCACAGAAUGACUUUGCAAACCUCUGUAUCUCAACAGAGGUGGUUUCUCUAGCAGCUGUUGCUUUGUAAAUCUAGUUUCUUCAUUUCUUAUCACAGGCUUGGGGGGUGCUAGGCAUGAAAUCUAGAGGGACACGUAACACUCCCUUAUGGACUAAGGUUCCCUCAGGAAUAGCUUGAAACCACAGCUCUCCCCCACACCUGGAAUUUAGGGCCCCAAGCACUGGAUGUGAAAGGUGACCAUGUUAGAUGCUGAAUCUGUACUCGCCCUGUCACGGGUCCAUGGAACACUUGCCUUUCCUGGAAGUGCAGUUUGUGGAUUCAGGCACCGACAGCUGGGUUGCAGGCAGUUCAUGCGGGAUGGAUCCCAGUUGUAGGGUGUUCAGCUCCUAGGGUUUGUCUACACUUAUAGCGCUGCUGUAGCACUUAGUGAAGACGCUACCUAUGCCGAUGGGAGAGCUGCGUAGGUACUCCACCUUCCUGAGAGGCGGUGGCUCCGACCACAAGAGAAGCCGUUCUGUCGACAUAGUGCUGUCUACGCCAGAAGUUCAGUCGGUAGAGCUGUGUUGCUCAGGGGUGGGGAUUUCCCACUCCCCUGAGCGAUGUCGUUAUACCAACAUCAGUUCAUAGUGUGGACCAGGGCCUAGUAACCUGACUCUAAUGGCACAAUUGAACUCUGCCUUCCACACAGGCCUGUGGUAAUUCCAUCCCCAGCUCCUACCACAUCAACAGCAGCUCCUAAUGGCGGUUUGACGAGAAGAAUGAGCACAGUGACAGGAGUCAAGAAGCCAUGGGUUCUAAUCUCAUUUUUUCCUCUGGCUGCAUUUGGGCAAGUGAUUUCUCCCCAUAUGUGCCUCAGUUUCCACAUCUGCAAAAUGGGGAUAUUUACCUCUCAGAAACAGUGUGAGGAUUAAAAAGGGGUCCAUAUUUGUAUCGUGCUUUGAACGUGUAAAGUUUGAUAAAUAUUACUACUUAAUGCCCAUGUUAUCUAGUGUAACCCAUCUACUAUAGACCCUGUUUGUGCUAACAGCACAAAUGUGUGUUUGACAACAGCACGUAUCUUUAAUGCAAAGCAAUAGAAGUCAGCUGUUAAAGGAAUUUCAGUAAGUACUGAGCAUUGACUUGGAUUAACACGGUAUUGACAUUUCACAAUUUUUCUCCCCACACUUAAUUAAAAUAUCAGCAACCUCUAGUGCUUUGUAUGGAUUGGAGGGGGGCAGGGAGGUGGAGAGGAAGAGGCUACAGUAAUCAACUAGGAGGUGACGAGGACCUGGACAAGAGCGGAGGUAGUCUAGGCAGAAAGCGAAGGGGUUGGGGUAGGGUUUUGUGUCUCCUGCUGAGUUCUGUCCUUGAGCUGAUGCUAUGCAAUAAAACGUAUGGCUGCUGCAGCAGACACACUGAACCUUUUCUCAUGUAACCUGCAAUUAAAAAUUAAACCAAGCAA